AUGCAGCUUUUACCAGCUGAAGAGGAGUUGUUCAAAGUUAUACAGCAAGGUGAAGUUGAACGGGCUUUAGCUUUGCUAAAUAAAGAAGAUGUCAGGAUAUCCUGUCUAGAUGAAGAUAGGCAGUCAUUAUGUUGCAUGCUUGCUAUUGUACUACACGGUUCAAGCUUUUUUCAGAGUGGAAUGACUUUGCUAGAUCAGGCGUCUUACAAAGGUAAUGCUGUUUUAGUUGAGGAACUGUUGAAAAGGGGAGCUGAUCCAAACAGUAACGCACACAAACAUGGGUAUACGGCUCUUAUGUUUGCUGCUAUUUCGGGAAGUCCGCAGGGGCCUGAAAUUUGUCGUAUGCUAUUGGAUGCUGGAGCUCAUUCUUACACCACUAAUUCAAUUAAUAAAACUGCUGCUGAGCUGGCUGCUUUCGUAGGGCAAAAUGAAUGUGUUAGCGUUAUUAAUACUUAUAUAAGCGUAGAAGAAAUUGAUAAGUUCCUUCAUCCACAGGGUAAGGAGACCCCUGAGCAAUACCCACAUGAACUGUGUGUUUUACUUCAUGCAACCACAAGGACGCAUAAUAUUCACCCUGUUAAGGUAGUUUUGUUUGUAGCAGACCAUGAGGUCCUCAUGAAAUAUCGGAGUAAAUAUUUGUACGUGGUUGAUCGGCUUUUUGAGCGACAGUUGCGCUGUAAACAACCUAAUGAGGCAAUGUCAAUAAAGUUAUGGCUGUUACUUUGUAUACUGCGGGAAACAUUUAAAUUUUUGGAUUCUUGUAACAACACGGGAAAAACUGUAAAAGAAAAGCUUUUGUUGUACGUCAAAUAUUUGUUGAAAAUGGAACCGAGUGAACAGAUCCGUCCAAACACUGAAUCGUUAUUACGGAAUGCAGUUAGAGGAUUCCCUUACCGCCAAUCUGUACUUUUCCAGAUGUUGGUGAAAAUGAUUGCAGAUACAGAAUUCGGCAGUGAACCGGGAGCUUACAGAUGCAUAUUGCAAGUUUUGUUUGGUCCUGCACUAGCAACAAGAUCGGCUUUUUGCGCGUGCUGUGGGGUUCCUAAUGCAACCAAAAGAUGUCCCAAGUGUAAGCUAUUAUACUGUGGCGCCGCCUGCCAAAAGUUGGACUGGAAAACUCAUAAAAAGUGUUGUUCAGCCAUCGCCGAGCGCGUUAAACGUGAGGAAGCCAUGCUCUGUGAUGCUGAACCGGCCCCUGAGGGGGGUGGCCGGAAACCACUUUCAGAAGACGGCGCUUUGGAUUCAAACUUUCAGAACGUUGCUUCUAAGAAGAAACAAUCACGUGUAACGAAAAGUGAUAAAUCUGUUUGUAGGAAAAAUGUGCAACAGACUUCUCCCGAGAAUUCUGAAAUAAAUUUGAUUGAAAAUGAUACCUUGUUGUCUUCUAAAGUCUCAGAAGUAGCUUUAGAGGAUUUAGAAGUAAAGUUAGAUGAAAUUGAUGCUGCUACUCACUCUGAAGCUAACAUUUCUAAUUCAAAAGUUGCUGCCCAUAGCCUCAACUUUAUUGUAAUCAUCGAUUGUGAGGCUUGCCUGAAACACUUUAACAUUGUAAAGCAAGAAAUUGAUCCUGUAACUGGCGAGGUACGUUGGAGAGUUGCAGACGAAGAUUAUGAUUUGGCUCAAGAGAUUGCAAGAAGCAGAUUUGGCGACAUGCUUCACGAUAUUGAGCGCAACCAUCUUUAUCAGGCAGGACUACACUCUGUAAUUCGCGAGAUCCAUGAAAGAAAUGAGCUUGUUCAUGUUCUCGACAUUGGUACUGGGACGGGACUUUUGGCGAUGAUGGCUAUGCAGGCUGGUGCUGAAAGGGUGACAGCGAUAGAGGUGUUCAAGCCCAUGGCAGAUUGUGCCGAGAAAAUUUUUAAGAAUUGCGGAUUUUCAGAAAGAAUAACCUUAAUAAGGAACAGGUCCACAGAUCUUAGCCCAUUUUUUGACACUGAACUUAUCGGCGAGGGUGCUUUAAGAACUUUUAAAGAAGCAUACCACACUACUGGUUGCCGAGUAAUCCCAUCUUCAGCACGAAUAUGGAUCGUACCAGUCAAAAGUCCAUUUUUAAGGCAGUUCCAUUCUUUACCUGAUACGUCACUUGAUUGUCCUUUCAGCGACUGCUUGGGGUCUGCAGCUGUUUUUGACAUGCAACUGUCAAACAUACCGCGAAGCGAGUUUGAGCUGUUAUGCGAACCUUUUAAUUUUGAAGACGGUGAGUCCCUGAAGUAUGAUGAGAUGGUGGUUCGGUCAUUCACUGUGAAGUCCAAGUUGGCUAAUAGUAUGGACGCAAUCUUUAUGUGGUGGGACCUCGAUAUGGAUGGAACUGGCAAGUAUAUACUUAGUACGGCCCCUAAGUGGUGGAAUAUGUAUGCACACUGGCGGGAUCACUGGAUGCAGGCGGUUUAUUAUUUGCCAUAUUCUCUGCCAGUUACCUGUGGCCAAACAGUAGCCCUGAAGUGUUUUCAUGACGAAGUUUCGCUGUGGUUUGACUUUAGUGAAAAUGGCAAAACGGGGAACGAGCGCCCUUAUUGUACGUGUGGUAUCCACGUCACCUGUUCACGUAAUGCUGUAUAUCGUUUAAACGAAAUAGACAGAGAUGAUCAGCUCAGAGAAGUAUGUUGUAAUAAAACUAUAUUAGCUAUCAACUCUGGUUCUUUUGUGGGGUUGUUAGCUGCGAAGUACGCAGAUUUCGUUAUCAUUUUGGAAUAUAAUACACAUUUCCGUUCAGCACUGAUCGCCUAUGCAGAAAAUAAUGGGCUGAAAAACACGCAGUUCCUUAGGAGUGAAGCUGAUCUUAAGGCUGAGUUGUACGCUCAAGUCGACCUUAUAUUGUCUGAGCCUUAUUUCUUCUCUUCAUUACUACCAUGGGACAAUUUGAGAAUAUGGUUUAUAAAUCAACAGUUAAAAAGCACGCUUGGAAUCACAAAAACUAUUCCUGUUUUUCCAUGCAAUUUUAUGUUGUACGCGAUGCCGGUUCAUCUCGAGGAUCUCUGGAAAAUUGUUGCACCUGUAGAAGUAGUGGAAGGCUUUGAUUUAUCUGAGUUUAGCAGGAUUUGCCAAAAAGCAAGAAGUGCAACUGAAGAAAUGAUUGAACCUUACUCCAUGUGGGAAUACGUUUCGUUUUGUGCAGGAGAACCAGCUAUGCUUGCUUCAGUGAAUAUUGAAAAUGGACAGUUCUUCUGCGCAAAAGAAGCUAGAAUUUUGAAAUUCAGGCAGGCUGCUUUAGUUUUUAACUCUUACUUUUUUGUGAUAAAGAAUAUUAUUGUUGAGGUUGGAAUUGUUGCUUGUUGCAGACCAAAAACUGCAAACGCCAUUGUUUUUUGGGGAGAGUGGCAUUAUGAUAGUUACCGAAGAAGCAGUGGUCCGAUAAAAAGCCCUGCUGUGGGGGAUCAGAUAAAAUGGUCUAUUGGGGAACGUCAAGCAGUAUACUUCUUGCCGGAAGAAAAAAGAUUAGAUUUUGAUUGUGACGGUGUAACGGUCACACCAAAGGUCAAUCUAUCCUCUCCGCUAGGAACCCAUUGUGGUGAAAUUUUUAAUAUUUCGUUUAGUUUUAACAACUCCUCUUAA